ACAGCAGCGCGCUGACUGGUGGAUAUUCACCCGAAACGCAUUGACGUCUGUCUUAGCGCCAUCUUUAGAAAUUACUGAAGGAGAAACUAAUUGAAUAAUCUUCGUUUUAUUUCUUCGGCCGUGGACUAGAGCAGGUUGAGGAUACCGGUGGGCACAAAACUAUCGAGGGGUAAAAGCUUGCAGAAACCAUGGGAGUAAAGGUACAACGCCCCCGCUGUUUUUUCGAUAUAGCCUUCAACAAUGUGCCUGUGGGGAGAGUUGUGGUUGAAUUGUUUUCUGACAUAUGUCCUAAAACAUGUGAGAACUUUCGCUGCCUCUGUACAGGGGAAAAGGGUAUUGGAAAAGGCACCCAGAAGCCUUUACAUUAUAAAGGCUGUCUAUUUCACAGAAUUGUGAAGGAUUUUAUGAUUCAAGGAGGAGACUUCAGUGAAGGGAAUGGCAAAGGGGGUGAAUCCAUUUACGGAGGCUUUUUUGAAGAUGAAAGUUUUGCUGUCAAGCACAACAAGGAGUACCUGCUGUCUAUGGCCAACAGGGGCAAAGAUACAAAUGGUUCACAGUUUUUCAUAACAACAAAGCCUACUCCUCAUUUAGAUGGAGUUCAUGUGGUUUUUGGUCAAGUGAUCUCUGGCCAGGAAGUGAUCAAAGACAUGGAAAACCAGAAGACAGAUGCCAGCAGUAGACCGUAUGCUGAAGUAAAAGUUCUCAACUGUGGGGAACUUAUUCCAAAAUCCAAGGCGAAAAAGGAAGAGAAGAAAAGAAAGAAGUUGUCUUCAAGUGAUUCCGGGAGCUCCAGUGACUCGCGUUCUUCAGAGUCCUCAUCUGAGUCCGAGGGUGAUUCAGAAAAGGAGUCCAAGAAAAAAAAAAAGAAACGCAAGAAAGAAUCUAAAAAACAAAAAAAGGAAAAAAAGCAAAAAAAGAAAGAUGAAAAGAAAAGUUCUGGAGAGGAGAGUGAAGAUGAAAAAAAAGAAGUUGAUCCCCUCUCCACUGUACGUCCUGAGGAGAUCCCUGCAAUCCCAGAAAACCGGUUCCUUAUGAGAAGGAGCCCUCAACAGAAAGAGGAGAAGGAAAAGGAGAAGAAAAAAGAGAAAGAAAGAGAGAGCAGUGUUUUAAACUCCCAGGCAUCGUCAUAUCAGAGAAGGCUUUUGGUAACCAGGUCGGGCAGGAAAAUUAAAGGACGAGGACCAAGACGCUACAGAACACCAUCCAGGUCAAGAUCUAGAGAUCGUUUCCGACGCAGUGAAACGCCACCCCAUUGGAGGCAAGAGAUGCAGCGAGCUCGGAGAAUGAGAGCGCCCAGUGGUGAACGAUGGAUUAAAGGAGACAAGAGUGACUUAAUGGAGGGCAAGAAGGAAAUACCAAAGCCUGAAAUAAGAGGAAGGGAAAGAGAGACCUCUGAGAAUAAACUUGUUACCUCGGACAGCCCCAGCAAAAGCAGGGAAAGGGAUAAGAGAGCUAGGGCACGCAAAUCCAGGAGCAAAGACAAGGAAUCGAGGAAAAACGAAGAUAAAGAGGACAGACAUGACAAACACAAAUCUAAAAAGAAAGCAAAAUCAAGAAGCCGAAGUAAGAGUAAGGAGAGAGAACAAAAACGUAGUAAAGAUGAUGAAAAGAGAGCCAGGUCACAAAGCAAAGGCAGAAAUAACACCAAAGGAAAAGAUAAGGAAAAAAACUCUGAAUCGGGAGUGAAAGAAAUGGAGAGGAGUAAAAGCAAAGAAAGGGAUGAAGGCAAAAGUAAAGACAGGUGUGCAAAAUCAAGAAGCAAAGAGAGAGACUCCAACAAAGAGAAACAUGUAAGAUCCAGUAGCAAAACCAGGGAACAAAGCCGAAGCAGAGACAGAGGAAAAAGAGCUCAAUCCCAGAGCAAAGACCGUGACAGGAGCAAAAGCAAAGAUCGGCAGCAAAAUAGAGAGAAGGAGGCAAAAAGAAGAGGCCGAUCCAAAAGUAGGGAGAGAAAGCGAUCGCCUGAAAAGGGCAAAACAAGGGACUCGAGGAGGAGCAGGAAAUCAAAGAGUUCUGAACGUGAAAGAACCCGAAGCGCUGAUAAAGAAAAGAAUAAAAAUAAGGAAAGUUCACAUAAAAGAAGUAGAACCAAUGAUGAAAGUCACCGAAAGAAGAGAUCCAAAAGCAGAGACGGCAGAAGUCCUGACAGUAAGGAUGAAAGAAAGGCAAAAAAUAAAGAACAUGGAAGAAGCCAAAGUCGAAGUCCCAGCUCAAAGAAAAAGGAAAGUAGUAAAGAGAGAGAAUCUUCACAUAAAAGUAAGGAAAAAGAAAAGAAAGCCUCCAGUGAAGAGAGGAAUCAAAAGUCUAAGAGCAAGGACAAAGAUAAAAACCAUAGCAAAGAAAAGUAUGACCGUGAAUCAAGCUUAAGUGCAGAUUAGAGUGAUUAACCGAGAUGAACUGUGUUUUACGGACCUGUAGUCUCUUCUUGUCUAUAAUAUAAUUGCAGGCACAUUGCAGACAUGUCUUUUUAAUAUACUUCAGUUGGCUCUUUAGACAAUCUGCAGCUUGGAAUAUUUGUACUACUGAAGUUUUAAAAUGUUAGGGAGAACUUCUUUUUUUUUUUUUUUUUUUUUCCUGUGAUACUGUAGAUUUGAAGUUAUUUUUGGUAAUGCUUUACCUGGCUACAUUUAUUUUAAAGUAUACAGAAGGACUAUCUGUGGACAUUAAGAAUGGGCUGAUUUACUGGAAUUCUUUGAGACCUGAUUCUAAAUUUUAAGGUGUCCAUAUCUAGAUAUUUUUGUAACAUGAAAAAUAUACUGUAAAUACCCAAGGUAAAGUCUGAAUGCAAGAUGUGACCUAAGAAUAAUGUUUUUUUGUUUGAAGUGUAGCAAUAGCAGGGCUCUAACUUUUUUCAUUUAUUUUUUGUUUUGUUUUAAUAUGUGGCCCACAAAGUAGUAUGGACUGUUAGUCGGUUUCUUUAGAAUCAACUGUUGAACAGGGCAGCUUUAUUGUAUUGUUAAAAUUCCUUACAAUAUUUGUACUUUUGUUGUCUGCUGUGAUUGUAUACAGUACCGUCAUGCUACUACCUAUAAACAUGCUACAGCAGCGAACCUAUAUUAAAGAUUUGGGUUCUACAUCUGGAUCUCUGAAAUACUAAUACCCAUAGUCAGCAGAAACCCUCCAGUUCUGAUUAAGCACACAGUAACACUAGCAUGCUAGGGUGUGUGUUUUUUUUUUGUUUUUUUUUUAAACUAAUUGGUUUUGGUUUUGUGUGCCAUUUCAUAAAAUUCAUAUAAUUUACUUUGACAGUAAUAUGAUUUUUAUUAUAUUUUAGCCAUUUCUCAGGAGAAGAUCUGUACACCAAUUCUAGAUUGAGAUAUUUGUAAAUGUGCAAAUUCAUAUAUUGGUAUGAGGCAAUUUUCCAAAAUGUUUUUAGUACAGUAUAAUGAUGCUAUGAAUCAGUUUUUAGAAACUGCUUUUACUUUUUUUUUUUUUUUUUGGGGGGGGGGGCAUAAAUUAGUUGCAAGGUUCGUUCUGAAUUUUCUGGUAUUAAAUGCAUAUAUUUGUUCCCUUGUAUAUUUUAUUUUUAGGGGGGAUUCAUGUGUCAUCUCUACACUUGACUGCUUGCAUAUUUUCAUUUGCUGUAUCCAGUUUUUGCCUGUGAUAUUAUCAUUGUAAUUUUAAUUCAAUUGUUAAAAAAAGUCUUCCUUGUA